AUGGAGGAGGGGGAGAGGAGCCCCCUGCUGUCCCAGGAGCCUGGGGGCCGGGAGCCGCCCCUCACUUCCAGCGGCCUGGGUCCAGCGGGCCGGGCCCGGAGGACAGGCCUCGGGGGAGGCCGGGCCCCCUCCCCCCCACUGAGAAGCAGGUGCCUCCAAUGCCUGACCUUUUUCUCCAACUUCCUCUUCUCCUUGCUCGGCCUGCUGGCCCUGGCCAUCGGGCUCUGGGGCCUGGCUGUCAAGGGCUCUCUGGGGAGCAGCUGGGGGAGCCCGCGGCCCGCAGACCCCAUGCUGGGGCUGGUGCUGGGGGGGCUGGCGGUCAGCGCGGUGAGCCUGGCGGGCUGCCUGGGCGCCCUCUGCGAGAGCGCCUGCCUGCUGCGCUGUUUCUGCGGGGGGCUCCUGGCCUUCCUCGCGCUGGAGGCGGUGGGGGGGGUCCUGGUGGCAGCCCUCUGGGGCCCGCUGCAGGACGGGCUGGAGCGCACCCUGCGCGUGGCCAUCGCCCACUACCAGGACGACCCCGACCUGCGCUUCCUCAUCGACCAAGUCCAGCUCGGCCUGCAGUGCUGCGGGGCCGCCUCCUACCGGGACUGGCAGCGGAACCCGUACUUCAACUGCAGUUCCCCGGGCGCCCAGGCCUGCAGCCUCCCGGCCUCCUGCUGCCUCGACCCCCGGGAAGCAGGAGCCUCCAUCAACGACCAGUGCGGCUUCGGCGCCCUGCGCCUGGAGGAGGACGCGGCUCGGGGAGCAGUGCACCUGGAGGGCUGUGGCGUGCCCCUCCGGCGGUGGCUGCGCGGGCAGGCGGGGGCGCUGGGCGGCUCUGCCAUCGCCCUGGUGCUGGUCCAGGGGGCGGAGCUCCUACUGGCCACGCAGCUGCUGAGGGCCCUGGCUGCCCGCCAGGACGCAGCGACCUGGCCCCCUGUCAAGCCAGCCCCGGGCUGA